CUUUGUUGGGUGAGGAAGGCGGAGGUCGGGCCGCUGCCGGGGUCCUGGUUUGGCCCCGAGCGGGCCUUUUAUCUUAGAGCGUGUGGGAAGGCGAUAUCGUGCAGUGCAGAGGCUCUUGUCAGGAUGGUGAAGCUGUUCAUUGGAAACCUGCCCCGGGAGGCCACAGAGCAAGAGAUCCGCUCACUCUUCGAGCAAUAUGGGAAGGUGCUGGAAUGUGACAUCAUUAAGAACUACGGCUUUGUGCACAUAGAGGACAAGACGGCGGCCGAGGAUGCCAUACGCAACCUGCACCACUACAAGCUGCAUGGGGUGAACAUCAAUGUGGAAGCCAGCAAAAACAAGAGCAAAGCUUCAACCAAGUUACAUGUGGGCAACAUCAGUCCCACUUGUACCAACCAAGAGCUUCGGGCCAAGUUUGAGGAGUAUGGCCCAGUUAUCGAAUGUGACAUCGUGAAAGAUUAUGCCUUUGUACACAUGGAGCGGGCAGAGGAUGCAGUCGAAGCCAUCAGGGGCCUUGACAACACAGAGUUUCAAGGCAAAAGGAUGCACGUGCAGUUGUCUACCAGCCGGCUUCGAACUGCCCCUGGGAUGGGAGACCAGAGUGGCUGCUAUCGGUGUGGGAAAGAGGGUCACUGGUCCAAAGAGUGCCCAGUAGAUCGUACUGGGCGUGUGGCAGACUUUACUGAGCAGUACAACGAACAGUAUGGAGCAGUGCGCACACCCUACACCAUGGGCUAUGGGGAAUCCAUGUAUUACAAUGAUGCCUAUGGAGCACUCGACUACUAUAAGCGCUACCGGGUCCGCUCUUAUGAAGCGGUGGCGGCGGCGGCUGCUGCUUCUGCAUACAAUUAUGCAGAGCAGACCAUGUCUCAUCUGCCUCAAGUCCAGAGCUCAGCUGUGACCAGUCACCUCAACUCUACUUCUGUUGAUCCCUAUGACAGACACCUAUUGCCGAACUCUGGUGCUGCUGCUACCUCAGCUGCUAUGGCUGCUGCUGCCGCCACCUCUUCCUCCUAUUAUGGAAGGGACAGAAGCCCACUGCGUCGUGCUACAGCUGUGCUCCCCACAGUUGGAGAGGGCUACGGUUAUGGGCCAGAAAGUGAGUUGUCUCAGGCUUCAGCAGCUACACGGAAUUCUCUGUAUGACAUGGCCCGGUAUGAGCGGGAGCAAUAUGUGGACCGAGCACGGUACUCAGCCUUUUAAAAACUGGAGGUGAGAGUGGGGUGGGUGUGAUUAAGAGAUUCCAUUUAGUUCCCUUGCAAGAGACCUUCAUAGAGGAGGCUAGAGGUACUUGUUUGCUAUUAGAACAGAAUCCAAAAAGUACUAAUUAUGUGUUAUUCUUUAUUAUUUCUCUAGCUUAGGCCACAGGUUCACUUGGCCUGUUGAGGUUUUAGCGUGUGACUUCACAUACUAAAGUUUCUUAGGAAUAAUAUUCCUAUAAUCAGUUGUAAAUCCACUUGAGUUGCAGAAAAACAUUUAAGAUAACUAAUGUUUGUUUGGUGACCUGUGUAUAUUAAUAUCUAGACAGUAAGAGAUAUUUCUUUAUACAGGAAGGGAACUAAGGCUCCAGGGACUCAGUAGUUUGCCCAUCAUCAUUUGGUAAAUGAGGGAGGUGAAGCCAAAAUUCAAAUUCAAGCCUGACUCUUAAAAUUCCCACUAACAGUCAGUGUGGUAUUAAGCUGAAGGGUACAGGUUCAGGAUCAGGACUUAAUGAUGGAAAUCACAGAGUAUUUGCUAAUAAGAUUGUUUAUUGGGUCACUAGCCUUUAUCAUGGAAGCUCUUCAAGUAUGAUAUCUGCAAGCCAGAUAAAGUCCUAUAAAUGUUAAGUGUCUCUAAUUCUAAGAUACUUGUUUGUUGAAUGUUUGAUGCUCUGCCCCAUGUAGUUCUUUCCUUAUUCAGAUCUAGAGCAUUGGAGUGCUUAACCCCUAUUUUCUUGUAACCUGUGAUACGUUUCCCAUUUCUUUCAGCAUUUUGGGUUUUUUGUGUGGGAACACUACUUAAGGAAUUAGAAAUUGGCAAUCUUCUGAUGUACAUAAAAUCCUAUAGGUUGUGACUCUGAAAAGUUAAUGUUCCUACUUCAGGAAUUGUGUAUCAAAGUUGCUAAGUUACUGCAAGUCACUGGGGUAGGAAAUAUUGAGUAUUGAGUUAAUCAGAGUGGAAACAGCAUCAUGACAUUAUAUUUUCAUGGUUUUACUUAUACUUUGAAAUUGGGCAUCACUUGAAUUUGAGCUCCAGUAGCAAGGUUAAACCAAAUUACUACUGAGCUUCCAAGAUUUCAAGUUAUCCCCUCUUUGGUAUAGGUGUAGAAGAAAGAAAAGCUACAGAAUUUGCUUUUUGUGAAGUGAGAAGCACUGUGUCAUGAACCUGUGAUUUUAUAUCUUAUAUGACCAUGUCAGUAAGACUUGGGAUUUCCUGAGACCACUGUGCAGCAGUGUGUUCAUUUGUGUGAAGUAGAUUAAGCUUAGAAGCUAUGGAGUUUGCCAUUAAUUUUUACAGCUGGAUCUACCGUGAGUUGAGAUGCGUCUGAAGUGAAGUAAGUUGUUAUCAAUCUAUCAGAUAACUUCUGUUUCUUUUAAGUAUGUUUCAAAGUUAAUUUUUAAAUUAAUAUAUUGUGGUCUUUAAGGGGUAUUGAUACAUCAUUUUAAAAGUGAAUUUUAACUGAGAACAGUGGUUGUUCAACUAACCUCUUUGUAGUGAUGACUUUUAAAGAAACUUACCUUCCAGGUGUGAACCUCAAAUGGACUGAAUAACCCUGAGUUGGUUGCAGUCCCAGGAGCCUGAUGUUAAUGAGGCUGCCAGGAGGAAAUACUCCAGAACUGUUGGGGAUCCAAAUUCGGGUCUCACUAGCAGAACUGAUCCAAGAACGUCACAGCUUUUGAAGUCGAUUGGCACAGAUCAAGACCAAGAUUUGGCCCUUUGUCUGUAAUAAGUAGAGGAACUUGGUGUGAGUUAACUUCUUUUUUCCCCCAGCCAUUGGUGUCUGGAGUUUCCAUCAUCAAUGGAAGAAUUAGAGAAUUCUAGCAGUGAUUUCUUCUUUCGAUUUGGCAAGGGAGAUUUGGUCAAUUAGAGAAAACACUGGAACUGUGGUUCUAAAUCUGUGACAGUGUGACAUGUAGUUGUGUUAGAGAUUGGUGAAUGACCCACUGUUCCUUGAGAACUGUACCUUUUACAAAUGUCAUUUCUAAAAGUUUACUAUGAAAAAUUAAAAAUGGGUGUGGUUAUUUGCACCUAUAGUCCCAGCUACUCAGAAGGAACACUUAUAAGCCUAGGAAAAUUCAACCAGAGCAACAUAGUGAAAUUCCAUAUCAUUUUUUUAAAGGGGAAAGUAGAACAAUUGGCCAUAUUUGAGAUCUCAGUAUCUUCUGCUUUUCCCAGAUCCAAAAAUUAAACUGUUAUUUUUGUUGAUACAUGUUUGCCCUUUGUUGGAGCAAUAGAAGCCUUCUGUUAAAGAGGUUAUUUUGCCGGGCGCCGUGGCACACACCUAUAAUCCCAGCGGCUUGGGAGGCUGAGACAGGAGGAUCACAAGUUCAAAACCAGCCUCAGCAACUUAGCAAGGCUGUAAGCAACUUAGUGAGACCCUGACUCUAAAUAAAAUAUAAAAAGGGGCUGAGGAUGUUGCUCAGUAGUUAAGCUCCCCUGGGUUCAAUCCCUGGUAUCAAAAAAAAUAGUUAUAUUGCUUAAAAGAUGGCUAAGAAAAUGAGAAAGUUGAAUUUAUCACUAACACAGCAGACUUUCACCUAGAUUACAUCUGUAUGUCCUAUAUAGCUAUUAGUAUAUUCCUUUAUAGACCUAUUUAAUAGAACCCUAGAUGAUUUUGUGGAAUAUAAAUUUGAUCCAAUCUGACUUGGUUUUGUUUUGUUCUUUGUUUUUUUCCCCCCCCUGGAAUACAGGACGGGACCAGGGCCCUUGUACUCGGAGCCAAGCUGCUCUCCAGGCAUUGUGUAAGCCUCUUGUGUUGUGCUCUCUUUCAGGUAGGAUAAUUGCGGACUGAACCCUCGGGCUGCGGUCAUAUAUGAGAACUUGCUCCGCGCGGUCCCCUUUGCCGGGAUGUUUCCAUUGCUUCAUGUUUCAGUAAACAGAGGAGUUUGAGACCAACUAUGUUUUCUUUCUUAAUUUAAUUCUUCUAAGUUUACUUUUCUUUCCUCCUGAUACUAGUCUUAGUAGCCUUUCACUUUGUUCCUUAUAUUCUCAGCCUCAGAUCAUCCCUAGGUAAGGAUUAUGCUGGCAUUCCCUUUUUCCCUUUUUCCUGUACAGUGGAACCCCUCUUAUCUUGCUUUCCCUAGGAUUUGAACCCUUCCUCCCUACAGCAUCUCCCUUUAAAAUGACCAUGUAGUGGCAAACAGCCUUUUACUCUUCUCUGUUAGCUCUGGACUCUUAACAUUGAAGCUAAUCUUCUGAAAUUGCUAGGACCAUUGGGGGUUUUGUUGUUGUUUUUGUUUGGGUUUUUUUUGUUUGUUUGUUUGUUUUUUUGGUCUGACCUGUGAUCGUGGUACAGCGUUAGCUGAAAUUUAGCCUUGUUUUAACUCCACUCCUCCCACUUUUUUUUUUAAAUUUUUUUGACAAAUAAAUAUUUCUAACACUGAA